CCUUUCACCCACUAAAGCUCUCUUCCUCUGUGUCAGCUGCUAUACUGUAGGUUGCUCUUGCAAAGGAGACUGCACUGAGGGUUUGUAAGCUGUGGCCUCUCCAAAACAAGGACAUUGAUUCUGGUGUUUCCAGGAAACUUCUUUCAUUGAAAUUAUAUCUUAAACCUGCACAGGAGCAGAACAGCAAUGUGGGCCACUGUGGCAAAACAUUUAUUAAAGGCUAAAGUCCACAGAUGUUUUGUGCAAUUCCCAGCAAAGGUUCAAAGGAACAGAAGCUUUCCUUUAAGAUCUUUGUUUCUUUUCCCUCGUUGGCAGCAGAAAGCAGGAGCACUUAUUGCUGAACGUGCAGCUUAUCCUAUCACCAUGAUACAGAAUGUAGAGAUAUUUGAUGCUGAACGGUUUGUGUGCGUACACUGGGAGGAUGGUAACCAAAGUCUCUACCCCUUUGUGUGGCUCAGAGAUAACUGCCAGUGUCCUCACUGCUUUUUGGAUUCUGCUAAAGCUAGAAAACUUCCCAUUGAAAAUCUGAACGUGAACACUGGAAUUAGAGAUGCUAUCUUGACAGAGGACAAGAAGGUCUCUAUUACAUGGCCUGAUGACCACCGCAGUGAAUUUGAUGGUCAGUGGCUAAAGAAGAGGUGUUUUUCUAAACACUCCAGAGCAGAAAUGCAAGAAGAGCUGUUUGCCACAGAACACCAGUACUGGGGCAGUGACCUGCAGAUACCCACCAUGUCUUAUGAAGAUGUGCUCUGUAAUGAUCACAGUGCCUACCAAUGGCUGUGCACUCUUAGAAGAGUGGGAAUUGUUCUUCUAGAAGGUGCUCCGGCUACACAAGGGGAAUUGGUUAGACUUGGCAAGAGGAUUGGAUUCAUGAAGCUAACAUUUUAUGGGUAUACUUGGCAAGUUCAAGAUAAAAUAGACGCAAAUAAUGUUGCUUACACAUCUGGAAAAUUAAGUCUUCACACAGAUUAUCCAGCACUUCAGUAUCCUCCAGGGGUGCAAUUCCUUCACUGCUUAAAGCAAGCUGAAUCCGGAGGUGAGAGUGAAGUGGUAGAUGGCUUUCAUGUGUGUCACAAGCUCCGUGAGCAGAACCCUGAAGCAUUCGAUGUUCUCACAUCUACUCAGGUUGACUUCACAGACACUGGAGUGGAUUAUUGUGACUUUGCUCUGCAGUCCAAGCAACGAAUUAUAGAACUCGACCCGAAUGGUAAUCUUCUUCGUAUCAAUUUCAAUAACGCAACAAGAGACUCCGUGCUCGAUAUCCCAGCAGAAAAAGUGCAGUUGUUUUACUCAUCUCUGAAGGAGUUGGUGGAUCUUUUGAACACACCAGGGUAUACAUUUUCCUACAAAAUGAAGCCAGGUCAAGUGGUUACAUUUGACAACUGGCGAAUCCUCCAUGGCCGUAAAAGCUAUCAAACUGGAACAGAGAUUUCACGCCAUCUGGAAGGGUCAUACUUGGAUUGGGAUGUGGUCAUGUCACGAAUGAGAUAUUUGAAGAGAAAGCUGGAGAAUGAAAGCUGAACGUUUUUUACAUUGUGUCGCUAAACACAAUUCAUAAUCUCUGAGAAAAGUAAAACUUUUUGAAGAGUUUUCAUUAAUAAUGACAAAAACUGGCAGACUUUUUGAAUGAUGUUACACAUAAAAAAUGACACUGUAAAAUCAUUCAGUAGUUGGAUAUAAUUGAUAAAACAUAAAUAGAUUUUCAAGAAAAAUAAACAUGUUUUAUGCAUGA